AUGGAAACUUGUGUACUGAUCCCGCAGGAAUUCAGCUUGUGCGUCAGGAGUUCAGGAUUGGGUAGCAGAAGAGAGCCUGAGGUGUCGGUAUGGUCGAAUACUGAAAUUUCGCAAGGGACUGUUUGUUAUCCGUUUCAAGGGACGAUUAGAAUUGAUAAGCUUGAAGUGUAUGGACAAUUGGACGAUGACGAUGUAAGUACCAAUAAUUUUAAAUUUAAUUGUUACUGA